AUGCAGUCUUUCACCAUCCUAAACAGCUUUGGGAAGCUGUGUGGAUCAAGUAAAACUGAAGAAUUGGUGCUGGAAAAGGUGAAAUUCCGAAAUUCAGUCAAAAGGGUGUCAAUUAUUGAGGAUGGGGAUAUUGCAGAGGUCUUGUAUCUCAUUCCUAAGCAGAGCUUGCUGAAGCACCUGCCCUACUUGAAUUCGGAUGACUACUACUUAUGCGAGCGGUUAUUUGACAUUCCUAAGGAUCUGGUGGCCCAUCCUCAGGAGCCUCACCACCCCUCUGAAAAGCCGGUCAUCCACUGCCAUAAAUGUGGGGAGCCAUGUAAAGGUGAAGUACUCCGUGUUCAGGCCAGACACUUUCACAUCAAGUGCUUCACCUGCAAAGUGUGUGGCUGUGACUUGGCACAAGGAGGCUUUUUCAUUAAGAAUGGGGAGUAUCUUUGCACCUUGGAUUACCAGCGCAUGUAUGGUACCCGCUGCAACGGUUGUGGAGAAUUCGUGGAAGGAGAAGUUGUGACAGCUCUGGGAAAAACUUACCAUCCAAGCUGCUUUGCCUGUACCGUUUGCAAGCGUCCAUUUCCACCAGGCGAUCGAGUUACCUUUAAUGGAAGGGACUGUCUCUGUCAGAUGUGUGCUCAGCCAAUGUCCUCCAGUCCUAAAGAAUUGUCUGCCUCAAGCAAUUGUGCUGGCUGUGGAAGAGACAUAAAAAAUGGACAAGCAUUGCUAGCUCUGGAUAAGCAGUGGCACCUGGGGUGCUUUAAGUGCAAGGCCUGCGGGAAGGUCCUAACCGGGGAAUAUAUCAGCAAAGAUGGUGCUCCUUACUGUGAAAAGGACUAUCAAGUUCUUUUUGGAGUCAAAUGUGAAGCAUGUCACCAGUUCAUUACUGGGAAAGUCCUAGAGGCAGGUGACAAGCAUUAUCAUCCAAGCUGUGCACGAUGCAGCAGGUGCAACCAAAUGUUCACGGAAGGAGAAGAAAUGUAUCUGCAAGGUUCCACUGUCUGGCAUCCCGACUGUAAGCAAUCCACUAAGACUGAAGAUAAGCUACGGCCUACAAGAACAUCAUCAGAAAGUAUUUAUUCCAGACCAGGUUCCAGUAUACCUGGCUCUCCAGGCCACACUAUCUAUGCAAAAGUAGACAAUGAGAUCCUUGAUUACAAGGAUUUAGCAGCCAUUCCCAAAGUCAAGGCCAUUUAUGACAUUGAACGUCCAGACCUAAUUACUUAUGAGCCAUUCUACACUUCCGCCUACGAGGACAGACAGGAGAGACAGAGUCUUGGAGAGUCUCCAAGGACAUUAUCACCUACCCCUUCUGCAGAAGGUUAUCAAGAUGUUCGGGAUCGCAUGAUUCACAGGUCUACUAGUCAGGGCUCCAUUAAUUCUCCAGUGUACAGUCGUCAUAGCUACACACCCACCAUGUCACGUUCCCCUCAGCAUUUCCACAGACCUGGCAAUGAGCCGUCCAGCGGUCGGAACUCCCCUGUCCCCUAUCGUCCCGACAGCCGCCCUCUCACUCCAACUUACGCUCAGGCCCCUAAACAUUUCCAUGUUCCAGAUCAAGGUGUCAACAUUUACAGAAAACCACCAAUCUACAAACAACAUGCUGCUUUGGCAGCACAGAGCAAGUCCUCCGAGGAUAUCAUCAAGUCCUCCAAGUUCCCAGCAGCUCAUGCACCAGCACCCAACGAGAUACCAAAGAUUGAGACGGACCACUGGCCAGGUCCUCCCUCCCUUGCGGCCAUAGGAGCUGACAUGAGGCGCAGAUCAAGUGGAAGAGAGGAAGAUGAUGAGGAGCUACAGAGACGCCGGCAACUGCAGGAGGAGCAGCUCAUGAAGCUCAACUCUGGUCUGGGACAACUGAUAUUGAAAGAGGAGAUGGAAAAGGAGAGUCGCGAUAGGUCAGCCCUUUCUGCCAGUCGUUACGAUUCUCCAGCACAUGCUUCAGCCUCCAAAACCUCUUCUCUCCCUGGCUAUGGAAAAAAUGGACUUCACAGGCCGGUGUCUACAGAUUUUGGUCAGUACAACAGUUAUGGGGAUGUGAGUGGUGGUGUUAGAGAUUUCCAGUCCCUUCCGGAUGGUCAUGUCCCUGGAAUGAGAAUGGACAGAGGAGUAUCUAUGCCUAACAUGUUGGAGCCAAAGAUUUUUCCAUAUGAAAUGCUCAUGGUGACCAACAGAGGGCGAAAUAAAAUACUAAAAGAUGUAGACAGAACCAGGCUUGAGCGCCACUUAGCACCUGAAGUUUUUCAAGAAAUAUUUGGCAUGACGAUACAGGAGUUUGACAAGUUACCUCUCUGGAGACGCAACGACAUGAAGAAAAAAGCAAAACUCUUUUAAUCUCCCCCUAAACAAACCAACAAAAAAUGAUGCAUAGGAUAUUGUAUCAUACAGUCCUAACUAUUGGGAAGCAACUACUAAUCCACCAAAAAGGGAAAAUCGCAUAGUGGCACCUCUGUAUACAGCAAUUGAACAAGAUGAACAUUUGCCCUCCUGGAACAUAGGGAGAAAAUAUCUGGGCUCAGAAACAAGAAUGCUAGUUUUCAGAGGUGUCGACCUGUUACAUGAUAUACAAGAUAGGAAACUGUUCUGUUCUUCUCCCUCAAUGAUAUUCCCUUUACUUCUCUCCACAAUAUGAUGGACUUUAUUGCUAGAGCCAGGAAGUGCCCUUAGGAUGCCUUGUAGACUAAAGUAGUUGUAACCACUCCAAGAACUGGAAAAGAAUAUAUAUAUAUAUAUAUAUAAAAAAUAUAUAUAUAUGUAUGUGUGUUUGCGUGUGUGCGCACAUGUAUUUAUAUCUAUCCAUCUAUCUAUGUGUGUGCGUGUAUGUAUGUGUAUAUAUAUGUGUAUGUAUAUGGAGAGGAAGAU